AUGGCAAGACUGCUCCGAGUCCGCGACCUCAGCUGCGCAAGGGACAAGGAUCACAAGAUAUUUUCCAACUUGAACUUCGACGUCAACGAAGGAGAUGUUGUCGUUCUGCAAGGGAAAAGUGGUGUUGGGAAGACUUCCCUUCUCAAAUGUGUCGCUCACUUGAACAUAUAUAGUGGCGAGGUAUUAUACAAAGGCCGGGCGCCUAAGUCCUAUGGCGUCCCUACGUACAGGACAAAGGUUUCCUACGUUCCUCAGAGACCAUCAUUGCUUGCCGGAACCCCUCGAGAUUUUCUCAAUACUGUGUCUUCGUUUAGCUCUCGCACGCCAAAAACAACUGUUCGUAGAAGUAAUAGCGAUCUAACAUACCCGAUUGAGGUCGCCAACGCGUGGGGCAUAGACGAAGAACUAUGGGAUCGGAGUUGGUCCAACUUGAGCGGUGGAGAGUCGCAAAGAAUCGCUUUGGCAAUUGCCGUUGGUCUCGACACUGCCGAAAUACUCUUACUGGACGAGCCCACUUCGGCCUUGGACCCUCACUCUACCACUCUCGUUGAGCGCUUUAUCUCCGACGAGUUGAAAUCGGCUGAGAGCGGGCUCAAAGCCGCCAUAUGGAUUACACAUUCAGAGGAGCAGGGAAGGAGGGUUGGAACGAGAUUUUUACACAUCACCCCUACCGGAUGUGAGGAGGAACCCACCCUGUUUGAGCCUUAG